AUGACCCAGGAGCAGUUGCUCUUGGGCCUGAAGAAGGAUGUGCGCUCCCUGCUCAUCUCAGCCAAGCAGGGCCUGACCCCAGAUCAGCUGAAGCGAGAUUACAUCAACAUGCUGGGCCACCCCAUGCCCCUGAGGAUCCUUGGCUUCCGCAAUGUACUGGACAUGAUCCGGGAGAUGCCCGACGUGGUGUAUGUCCACUAUCUAGGAGAUGGCAGCAUGGUAUUGAAGGGUAAGUACUGAGCACUAGUCCCACUGUUGUUUCGCUGACUGUUGUGUCACAGCAAGUUUGUUUUGUCUUGAACACGUGACAUUAUAGGCCGAAUUGUUUUGGCACACAGCAUGCUAUCGUUUUCAUAUUUGUUGACAAGAGUUAAAAUGUUUGCCUCGUGCUUGAGUAUAGUAUGCACAGUAUCAGGAGAGGAAGAAUAUACCAGAACACAGAUAUCAAUUCAACUCUAUUCUAUUCCAAGCUCAGCAUACCAACCCAUCUCUCCAGUGGCAUACCACAGUUUCAUGGAGCCCCGCAAGGUCUGAGCAAGGCCUUUUUUCAAUGAGGCUGAGUGAAAAUGUUGCAGUUUUACAGCAAAUUUUCUGUAAUUCUAAACAUUUUUGCCAUGGCUUAUGACCUGUUCAUAUGCUAUCUGGGGAGGGAGGGAGGAAGGGGGGGGGACCUCCAGGGGGCCCCCAACCCAACAUGAGUUAUUUAUGGGUUGGGGGCCCUCAGAGCCCGUGGGCCCUCACGCCUUGCGGGGGUGUGUGGUACGCCAGUGCAGUCUCUCUUUCCCCAUUCUGCAGCGGUGGCGGAUGACGCCACCAGAGGCAUCGUGGAGUUGGUGGCCAAGCAGCGCAACGCCAAGAAGGCCCCGGCUCGGCGUGGCGGUGUGGGCUUCUUCUCCCCACGCUACCAGCAGCAACACCCCAUGGUCCUGCCGCGGCGUGGCCACGCUCCCCUGGCCCUGCCGGCCCAGCUCCGGGCACAGCUCCACCAGCUGCUCUCCCAGGGGGCCGUGGGCCUAUCGGAGCUGGAGACAGCCUUUGCCCGCCGCUUCGGCUUCCCUUUACGCGUCAACAACUACGGCUUCUAUUCCAUCGUUGAGAUGCUGGCGGCGGCCGCCGACCUAGUGGCGGUCACACAGAGCAGGAUGGGCUCCCUGCUGUCCCUCAGGGGGGCAGGGGUGGCAUCACGGAUGAGGACCGGACCCAUAAAGCCGCUCUUCCCACUGAAGCAGACCUUCCAAACUGUUCCUAUCGUAAGGCCGAUGACACAGACAAACUCAGGUUGGUUGGUCCCACAGUGAAAGAUACAACUCCAUUUCAAGCAGAUCAUGUUGAAUUUAAUGGAUUGCUCCUCAUGUACAGUACACAUUGCAUAUAUCGAUUUAAAAAAAUCUGUUUGUUUUUUAUAUCCAGUCCCAGUAGAAAAACCCACCACAGAGUCCAGUACUGAUAAUCCAAAGUCCAGUACUGAUAAUCCAAAGUCCAGUACCCAGAAUCUUGUGGCACCAGCGCCAAUCCCUGAGGCUGCAGUCCCUAACAGCCCAGAGGGGGACCAGGACUCUCUGCCAAUGGAUUACACAACACCACAGCCUGAACCUGAACCCACGCAGGACGGACAACUGUUUCAGAAGUGUGUCAUCAAGGUGUGUAUACUGCUGCCUUUACCUCUGUUAUGUGUGUCAUCAAGGUGUGUAUACUGCUGCCUUUACCUCUGUUAUGUGUGUCAUCAAGGUGUGUAUACUGCUGCCUUUACCUCUGUUAUGUGUGUCAUCAAGGUGUGUAUACUGCUGCCUUUACCCUCUGUUAUGUGUGUCAUCAAGGUGUGUAUACUGCUGCCUUUACCUCUGUUAUGUGUGUCAUCAAGGUGUGUAUACUGCUGCCUUUACCUCUGUUAUGCGUGUCAUCAAGGUGUGUAUACUGCUGCCUUUACCUCUGUUAUGUGUGUCAUCAAGGUGUGUAUACUGCUGCCUUUACCUCUGUUAUGUGUGUCAUCAAGGUGUGUAUACUGCUGCCUUUACCUCUGUUAUGUGUGUCAUCAAGGUGUGUAUACUGCUGCCUUUACCUCUGUUAUGUGUGUCAUCAAGGUGUGUAUACUGCUGCCUUUACCUCUGUUAUGUGCGUUCAGCCACAUAGUAAUAGUUUUCCCCAUGAUCUUGUUUUUGAUUGGGUGCAAAGCCCUCCAAUGUAACAUUCAGACCUGCCAACAUCAGGCUUACAACCAAGUUAUUGUACAGUAUCUUGGGUCUGUGCUUGUGAAGCUUUAGAGCGCAAAUGAUAAGUCAUGAUUUUUAGAGAAGGGAAUCGAAUGUGCUUCUGAAUAGUAAUAGGGAAAAGUAGAAUGAAUGCCUUGUAGCCCCUCCCCCUUGUCAUGUUUUGCCUGUGUUGAUUGGCAUCUCCAGCUAGAGGAGGAGCUUAGGCAGCGUAUUCUGGAGAACGGGCAUGCGGGCACAGUCAGUCCAGAACUAAAGGCCAAGCUUCGUCAGGUCAGUCCACUCUCAGCAUGCGUCCCAAAUGGCACCCUAUUCCCUUUUAUAGUACACUACUUUUGACCAGGGCACUAUAAAGGAAUAGGGUGCCAUUUGGGACACAUGCUGUCUCCACCCAAAUGCCAAAUCCAUUAAUCAGAAAUCCAUCUAAUGACAGUAGAGAUUCUAAUACGACAAACCUUCUCUAUAGGUUGUAGCCCAAAACAGCGAGGGACUAUCCGUCCACGAUCUCCCUGCAGAAUACAAGGUAAUUUAUACUGACAAAUAAAAUACAUUCCCUUUGGAAUGCCUACAUACUAACCAAUUCCUAAUGAAGCCUAAUCAUUUUGCGUUUUUCAAAUGACAAAGUAGUGCUUCUUUCCAAGGUGUCUUGUAUGUUGCGCUGACCUUUGUUGCCCUUAUGACCCCCGGUUGACCCCAGAGGGUGUUUGGGGAGGAGCUGCCGGUGGUCCAGAGUGGCUUCCUGAGCACCACAGAGAUGGUGGGUGCACUGAGCGACACGCUCUACCUGCGGCCCGUGGUGGGUGACGAGGGCAACCACUGGAUGGUCAUGGACAUCCAGAAUUCCCCCGCACACGCAACGCCACAACAACCAGGUCUGCUACGCUCCUCUGGCUCUAACCUAGGAUCAGAUUACACCACUACCGAUCCUAAAAUUAACCAUUAGUGGGGUAAACAAAUAUUUGACCCUAGAUCAGUGGUUAGGGGGCAAUCUCUGGCUCACACACAACACCUAUCCACUUUAUUCCUAGCCAUAGAUGUUAGAGUUCAGGACAAUCACAUUCUGAUUGAUUACUAACUCAUUGUUAUAACCAAAAAGUAUAACUUUUAGUGCCCAUUAAGAGUCAACAAAACAAGUAUUUUGGGUCUAAGUGUGUCAUGACUGAUCUCAAUCAAUAUGUCACUCUGGUAUUUCUUGUGUGGUGCUGUAUUGUGGUAGGAGUGGCAGAGCCAGAAGGCCCCAUUGAGGGUGUCAAGGCUCUGAACCCGUCAGGUACGGGCUACUACUUCAGCUGUGCGGAGUCUCCCUGGGAGGGCCGGGAGGGAGAGGGAGAGGGAGGCGAGGCCAACCCCGACCUGGAGGAAGACAUGGAGCUCCGCAUCACCACCAAGACCUUCCACCAGGUGAGCUGGAGCCUGGGGAGAGACAUCUGCCUUUGGCUUGAGACAAGGGGCAGCCAGCUCCGUUCCUGGAGGGACACAACGCUUGAAAAGUCCUGAUAAAAUACAUGAAGUGUGUAAGUGCUGGGCACGAAUGGAAGAUGAAAGCCUGCACCCAUUGCUGCAGUUUUGCGGACAGGAAAAUCUCAGUUUGUCACUGUGGUCCAUUUGUUUUUGUAUACUUGUUCACAUGCAUAAUAAGAGUGUACACAAAUAUUCUGUUUAUGGCUGCUCCCCUCAGAUGGUGGAUAUUUACGGCUCGGUGCCGGUACGUUGGCGGCGUGGGGCGGUGGUGCCCCCGGACGCCAUGCGGGGCCUUAGGCUGAGGGCCCCCACGUGCAGGGGCCCCCGGGAGCUGGUGGCCGUGCUGGUGGAGCACAUGGAGUCACCCUCGAACUUCUACAUCCGCUUUGAUGAGAGCCAGGAGGCCCGCGCCCUGGAGAACAUGAUGAUUGAGAUGAGGUGAACAACAACAACAGCCCUCUGCUAGACUGGAGGGAGAGGGAGGAGAGGAACGUGUGGCUUCCUUGCCUCAGUGGCUGGGAUUUGACAUGUAGUCCAAUUGGCUUAUUUGGUAUGAAUGUGCAAUAACUGUUCAUAUCUAGUAGUUGUCCACCAUGUUACCCUCAACUAUCCGGUGUGUUUUUAGAUCACAUGAAGGAGAAGAGACCAGGGGUGGAAGCAACUGAAUGCUAUGUUUCUCUUUCUGCUCGCUCCUACUCCCUCUUUCCCACCUUCUCUCCCUCCCUCCUUCUUUCCCUCCCUCCCUCCUUCUCUCUCUCCCUCCCUCCUUCUCUCUCUCCCUCCCUCCUUCUUUCCCUCCCUCCCUCCUUCUCUCUCUCCCUCCCUCCUUCUUUCCCUCCCUCCUCUCUCUCUCCCUCCCUCCUUCUUUCCCUCCCUCCAGGAGCUGCUAUACCUGUCCCGAGGUGUCAGAGCGCUACAGUCUGCCGGAGCGCUACGUGCGUACGGGCCAGGUGUGCUGCGUGGCGCCCCAGGGCAUCUGGUUCUACCGCGUGGUGGUUCACCGGGUCCUCAACGACACCCAGGCAGAGGUCUACUACGUGGACUUUGGAGACCUCACCACCGUCCAGAGGAGCAGCCUCAAGUUCCUCAAGUAGGAUCCUGACUGUGACCAAAUGGCACCCUAUUUCCUAUAUACAGGGUUCGUAAGGUCAUGAAAAUCCUGGAAAAAUCAUAGAAUUUUAAAAUGGUGUUUUCCAAGACUGGAAAAGUUUUGGGAAAUGAUAAAAUCCGUAAAGUCAUGGAAAUUAAUUUCAAAAUGUCUGUUAAUGUAAUUUAUUUGCGCACAUUAUCAUAUCAGCUAGGAUCGGAAUGACACUUUAGCGCGUCUGUGUUUGCUCAAGGAGAGAGAGACAGUCGGACAUUGCAGUAGCAUGUAGGCCUAUAAAAUAUGAUAGAGAACAGACUAAUAACUAGGUAGCCAAUUCAAAACAUAUAUUGUACCCUCUAAUUAACUGUUAACCUAUUAUUAGCGUGUAUUCAUUUUUUCAUCAGGUCCCAAAAAACUUUCCACCGACAAUCGCGAAUAAGGCCAUCAAAAGUUAAUUUACUUUUUCUAACGAUUUAAAUGAUUAUUUUUGACGAAACGAACAAUUCACAUCGCCAUUGUAUUAGUUGGGAUUCGGUUCAAUUGCGGUGAAUCGAAUCAUGUGAAUCAAAAUAAUAAUUUGUGAAUCGCAAAAAGUUAUUCUAGUAAAAAAUAUUUCUAGCCUUUCUUUUGGAUUAUGUGGCUUCAAAACUUGUUUUUUAGAUACUUCCAGUUGAUUUGGGGCAUCCAAUGUAUGGGACAUUGCAACUCAAUAAAUGCUAGUCAGCCUGCAAAGUAAACACUUCUAAGGUAGCUAAGAUGCAUAGCUAAGCUACAUUUCCUGAAGACCAUUUUUUGGUCUGGCUUCAGCUGAAUAAAAAGAUUUGUAGCCUACCAUAGCCAUUUGAUCUUUGAUAGUUUGAAUCAGCUAAUUAUUUCAUAAGGCAUAAAACGUAUUUGGUUGUAAUGUUAUACAUGAAGGGUGGUCAACCAUCCUCCAGGAGAGCUAAUGGGUGUGCAGGCUUUUAUUCCAGUCCCCCUCUAAAACCACAUUUUAGAAAAUUAGCUCAACUGGACUUUGAUAAAUUGGCUCUGACGUGUUUGAGCAGGGCUUGAUCAAAAGCCUGCACACCCAGUAGCUCUCCAGACUGAGGGUUGACCACAUGUGUUUCAUACAAUUGUCUAACAGGUAUUCUACUUUGUGGGGGGUUAAGUGCCUUGCACAAUGACAGGAGAUGGUACAUGGGAUCAGAGAGCAGCCUCCCAGUGUCGAGACCACAGUACACCAUUUUUUAAAUACGUACAUAGAGGCGGCGCUAAUUGUUGGUCAUGGAAAUUUGGUUAAAAGUCAUGGAAUUCCAUCUGUUAAAAUGUGUAUGAACCCUGUAUAUAGUGCAUUACUUUUGACCAGCACUUGGUGCCAUUUGGGACGAAGCCCCUGUCCACAACCAACCCAUUGCCCCUUCCCUGUGACACUAGAUCUGAGAGGACUGGAUAGGUAGUGCACUGAAAAGGGAAUAGGGUGUCAUUUGGGACGUAGACAUUGUUUUCCUUUCUUUUGCCCAGGCUAAUCAACAGCUGUAGAAUUGAGAAGAAAGGUAUUGGAAGUGAAUGUCUGAUGUCCCCAUGUGUUGACUGAUGUGUUGCUCUGUGCAAGGUGGUAACAGAAGGAGUGUUGUCUAUCCCCUUCAGGUCUUGUUACUCAGAGCUCCCAGCACAAGCAGUCCCCUCAUCACUGGCUGGAAUCAAGCCUUUCGGUGUAAGACCUUCUACGCUACUGUUUACACAAUCUACCAUCCCCGGACCCAUAUUCAUGAAUUAAUAAAGUGUCUUGAGUAUGAUUACUGAUCUAGGAUCAGACCCCCCCCCCCCCCCCCAUAUAGUAUCAAACCAAUCUUAUAUCCGUACUACUUCUCUGAGACGCUUAAUACAGUCUCUGGUCUAAUAACAAAUGUAACCCACCCGUGUUUCUUUCCUCCCAGGGCAGCUGGAGUGCCAACGCCAAGACCUCCUUCCAGAAGCUGUGUUGUGAACGCACCCUGGUGGCAGCCCUGCACGGCUACCAUGCCGACUUCCUGCAGCUCUUUCUGUGCGACACACACACCGAGGAGGACGUGUACAUCCACAGCGCCCUGCAGGCCCAGGGCCAUGGGCUCAGCUGCGCCCCUGCCGCCAGCGCAGUGGUCAGUCACAUGCUGAACAUGAGAGGACACUGCAGUCGCACACGCAUACACACCUAUCAAAUUUCAAGACAUUUCCCAUUUAGUGAUUCAAUGAUCCAAUGCAAUCUCCCAUAACCUUCUCUUCAUCCUAUCUGUCCUCUCAGAAAUGUGGCCAGUUCAACCCAGUGAGCCUCUAUCUGGGCGAAGGCGUGUUCGACGAGGGGAUGGAGAUAGAGGACGAGGACCCCACCCUGGAGCCUUGCCCCGAAGCCACCACCACUCGCCAGCACAACACCACCCAACCCCAGCCCAAGAGCUCCCCUUGCUCCACUCACAUGGUACAGAAUACCCCGUCUCUCUCAUGCAUAUUUACAUUUACAUUUUUUAGUCAUUUAGCAGACGCUCUUAUCCAGAGCGACUUACAGGAGCAAUUAGGGUUAAGUGCCUUGCUCAAGGACACACCGACAGAUUUUUCACCUAGUCAGCUCGGGGAUUAGAACCAGCGACCUUUCGGUUACUGGCACAACGCUCUUAACCACUAAGCUACCUGCCGCACACGCACAUAGACAACACCCUGUCUCUCACUGUAGCAUUCUCUCCUCCAAUAACACUGUCCACAUAGCAGUCCCAGCGUUAGUAGUUAGUAGCAGUCCCAGCGUUAGUAGUUAGUAGCAGUCCCAGCGUUAGUAGUUAGUAGCAGUCCCAGCGUUAGUAGUUAGUAGCAGUCCCAGCGUUAGUAGUUAGUAGCAGUCCCAGCGUUAGUAGUUAGUAGCAGUCCCAUUGUUAGUAGUUAGUAGCAGUCCCAGCGUUAGUAGUUAGUAGUUAGUAGCAGUCCCAACGUUAGUAGUUAGUAGCAGUCCCAGCGUUAGUAGUUAGUAGCAGUCCCAGCGUUAGUAGUUAGUAGCAGUCCCAGCGUUAGUAGUUAGUAGAAGUCCCAGCGUUAGUAGCAGCCCCAGCGUUAGUAGUUAGUAGCAGUCCCAGUGUUAGUAGUUAGUAGCAGCCCCAGCGUUAGUAGUUAGUAGCAGUCCCAGCGUUAGUAGCAGUCCCAGCGUUAGUAGUUAGUAGCAGUCCCAGCGUUAGUAGUUAGUAGCAGUCCCAGCGUUAGUAGUUAGUAGCAGCCCCAGCGUUAGUAGUUAGUAGCAGCCCCAGCGUUAGUAGCAGCCCCAGCGUUAGUAGUUAGUAGCAGUCCCAGCGUUAGUAGCAGUCCCAACGUUAGUAGCAGUCCCAGCGUUAGUAGUUAGUAGCAGUCCCAGCGUUAGUAGUUAGUAGCAGUCCCAGCGUUAGUAGUUAGUAGCAGUCCCAGUCGUUAGUAGUUAGUAGCAGUCCCAGUGUUAGUAGUUUAGUAGCAGUCCCAGUGUUAGUAGUUAGUAGCAGUCCCAGUGUUAGUAGUUAGUAGCAGUCCCAGUGUUAGUAGUUAGUAGCAGUCCCAGUGUCAGUAGUUAGUAGCAGUCCCAGCGUUAGUAGUUAGUAGCAAUACCAGCGUUAGUAGUUAGUAGCAGCCCCAGUGUUAGUAGUUAGUAGCAGUCCCAGUGUUAGUAGUUAGUAGUUAGUAGCAGUCCCAGCGUUAGUAGUUAGUAGCAGUCCCAGCGUUAGUAGUUAGUAGCAUCCCCAGCGUUAGAAGUUAGUAGCAGUCCCAGCGUUAGUAGUUAGUAGCAGUCCCAGCGUUAGUAGUUAGUAGCAGUCCCAGCGUUAGUAGUUAGUAGCAGUCCCAGUGUUAGUAGUUAGUAGCAGCCCCAGCGUUAGUAGUUAGUAGUUUGUAGCAGUCCCAGCGUUAGUAGUUAGUAGCAGUCCCAGCGUUAGUAGUUAGUAGCAGUCCCAGCGUUAGUAGUUAGUAGCAGCCCCAGCGUUAGUUAGUAGCAGUCCCAGCGUUAGUAGUUAGUAGCAGUCCCAGCGUUAGUAAGUUACCAGUUAGUAGUAGCUCCAGCGUUAGUAGUUAGUAGCAGCCCCAGCGUUAGUAGUUAGUAGCAGUCCCAGUGUUAGUAGUUAGUAGCAGCCCAGCGUUAGUAGUUUAGUAGCAGUCCCAGCGUUAGCGUAGUAGUUAGUAGCAGUCCCCAGCGUUAGUAGUUGGUAGCAGUCCCAGCGUUAGUAGUUAGUACAGUCCCAGCGUUAGUAGUAGUUAGUAGCAGCACCCAGCUUAGUUAGUUAGUAGCAGCCCAGCGUUAGUUAGUAGGUAGAGCAGCCCAGCGUUAGUAGUUAGUAGCAGUCCCAGCGUUGUAGUAGUUAGUAGCAGUCCCAGCGUUAGUAGUUAGUAGCAGUCCCAGCGUUAGUAGUUAGUAGCAGUCCAGCGUUAGUAGUGAGAGCCCCAGCAGUUAGUAGUUAGUAGCAGUCCCAGGUUAGUAGUUAGUAGCAGCCCCAGCGUUAGUAGUUAGUAGCAGCCCAGCGUUAGUAGUUAGUAGCAGUCCCAGCGUUAGUAGUAGUACAGUCCCAGCGUAGUAGUUAGUAGCACCACGUAGUAGUUAGUAGCAGUCCCAGCGUUAGUAGCAGUCCCAGCGUUAGUAGUUAGUAGCAGUCCAGCGUUAGUAGUUAGUACCAGUCCCAGCGUUAGUAGUUAGUAGCAGUCCCAGCGUUAGUAGUUAGUAGCAGUCCCAGCGUUAGUAGUUAGUUAGUAGCAGUCCCAGUGUUAGUAGUUAGUAGCAGUCCCAGCGUAGUGUAGUGCAGUUGUUAGUAGUAAGCAGUCCCAGCGUUAGUAGUUAGUAGCAGUCCCAGACGUUAGUAGUUUAGUAGCAGUCCCAGCGUUAGUAGUUAGUAGCAGUCCCAGCGUUAGUAGUUAGUAGCAGUCCCAGCGUAGUAGUGUAGCAGUCCAGGUUUUUAGUAGCAGCCCCAGCGUUAGUAGUUAGUAGCAGCCCCAGCGUUAGGUAGACCCAGUGUAGUAGCUAGCGCCCAGCGUUAGUAGUUAGUAGCAGCCCCAGCGUUAGUAGUUAGUAGCAGUCCCAGCGUUAUAGUAGCAGUCCCAGCGUUAGUAGUUAGUAGCAGUCCCAGCGUUAAGUAGUGCAGUCCAGUUAGUAGUUUGUAGCAGUCCCAGUUGUAGUUAGUAGCAGCCCAGUUCAGGUUAGUAGCAGUCCCAGCGUUAGUAGUUAGUAGCAGUCCCAGCUAGUUAGAGUAGUUUAGUAGCAGCCCAGCGUUAGUAGUUGGUGUAGCGUCCCAGCAUUAGUAGUUAGUAGCAGUCCCAGCGUUAGUAGUUAGUAGCAGUCCCAGCGUUAGUAGUUAGUAGCAGCCCCAGCGUUAGUAGUUAGUAGCAGUCCCAGCGUUAGUAGUUAGUAGCAGUCCCAGCGUUAGUAGUUAGUAGCAGUCCCAGCGUUAGUAGUUAGUAGCAGUCCCAGCGUUAGUAGCAGUCCCAGCGUUAGUAGUUAGUAGCAGUCCCAGCAGUAUAGUAGUUAGUAGUUUGUAGCAGUCCCAGUGUUAGUAGCAGUCCCAGCGUUAGUAGCAGUCCCAGCGUUAGUAGUUAGUAGCAGUCCCAGCGUUAAGUAGUUAGUAGCAGCCCAGCGUGUAUAGUAGUUAGGUAGCAGUCCCAGCUUAGUAGUUAGUAGCAGUCCCAGCGUUAGUAGUUAGUAGCAGCCCCAGCGUUAGUAGUUAGUAGCAGUCCCAGCGUUAGUAGUUAGUAGCAGUCCCAGCGUUAGUAGUUAGUAGCAGUCCCAGCGUUAGUAGUUAGUAGCAGUCCCAGCGUUAGUAGUUAGUAGCAGUCCAGCGUUAGUAGUUUAGUAGCAGUCCCAGCGUUUAGUAGUAGAGUAGCGCUUAGUAGUAGAGUCCCAGCGUUAGUAGUUAGUAGCAGUCCCAGCGUUAGUAGCAGCCCCAGUGUUAGUAGCAGUCCCAGAUGUUAGGUGUUAGUAGCAGUCCCAGUGUUAGGUGUUAGUAGCAGUCCCAGUGUUAGGUGUUAGUAGCAGUCCAGCGUUAGUAGUUAGUUAGUAGUUAGCAGUCCCCAGCGUUAGUAGUUAGUAGCAGUCCCAGCGUUAGUAGUUAGUAGAGCCAGUAAGUUAGUGCCCCAGCGUUAGUAGUUAGUAGCAGUCCCAGCGUUAGUAGUUAGUAGCAGUCCCAGCGUUAGUAGCAGCCCCAGUGUUAGUAGUUAGUAGCAGUCCCAGUGUUAGUAUUUAGUAGCAGUCCCAGUGUUAGUAGUUAGUAGCAGGCCCAGCGUUAGUAGCAGUCCCAGCGUUAGUAGUUAGUAGCAGUCCCAGUGUUAGUAGCAGUCCCAGCGUUAGUAGUUAGUAGCAGUCCCAGCGUUAGUAGUUAGUAGCAGUCCCAGCGUUAGUUAGUUAAGUAGCAAGCCCCCAGCGUUAUUUUAAGUAGUAGUAGCAGCCCCAGCGUUAGUAGUUAGUAGCAGUCCCAGCGUUAGUAGCAGUCCCAGUGUUAGUAGUUAGUAGCAGUCCCAGCGUUAGUAGUUAGUAGCAGUCCCAGCGUUAGUAGUUAGUAGCAGUCCCAGCGUUUAGUUAGCAGUCCCAGCGUUAGUAGUUAGUAGCAGUCCCAGCGUUAGUAGUUAGUAGCAGUCCCAGCGUUAGUAGUUAGAAGCAGUUCCAGCGUUUGUAGCAGUCCCAGCGUUAGUAGUUAGAAGCAGUCCCAGCGUUAGUAGCAGUCCCAGCGUUAGUAGUUAGAAGCAGUCCAGCGUUAGUAGCAGUCCCAGCGUUAGUAGCAGUCCCAGCGUUAGUAGCAGUCCCAGCGUUAGUAGCAGUCCCAGCGUUAGUAGCAGUCCCAGCGUUAGUAGCAGUCCCAUCGUUAGUAGCAGUCCCAGUGUUAGUAGCAGCCCCAGCGUUCGUAGCAGCGGGCUCCGCUCCUGCUCCUCCCUGAGUGAAUUACUGCCACACUCCUUCCUCACCCAUAGGGUUGAGGAGAGGGAGAAAGAGAGAGAGAAUGAUGGAGGGAAUGAGAUAGAGGGAGGGUGUGGGAGGAGAGUGAAAGUGUGGGUGGUGGGGCAUAUAGAGAGAGAGAGAGGCGGGGCAGAGAGAGAGAGGCAGAGAGAGAGAGGCAGUUAAAGUCGUUCUGCUGAAACGGGAAGGAGAUGAAUUACAGUGGUCCGUCAGGACUGUGUUAAUGUGGCGAGAGCAUCAUCCACCCCUUAUGGACACUGUACUGUGUGGAGAUCUGAGGCCUGGCUGGAGUCUGGUUGACAGCCAUUGAUUUUAUUGUCACGCAUGUUACUGUGUUACUGUUUCCCAUUCAAGUCACAGGGAGGCGUUUUCAGCUUGAGACCUGUUUGAUUUUUCGCGUUGAUCAAGAUCGUCUUGUCCUGGUGCAUUUAGAAGAGUUGUUAGUGUUGAGUCCACAGUCUCACGACAUGCAGGGAGAGAAUGAUUCAACACUGAUGUGGUAUAAGUAAGCAACCCUUUUUAAAUAUUACCUUGAACCGAUCACUGAUCUGACAUAACAGGGUUCAGGAAAAGCCAUUUAAUAGAACCCUUGCUUAUACUGAGUUUACCAAACAUUAAGAACACCUUCCUAAUAUUAAGUUACACAGCCUCAAUUCGUUGGGGCAUGGACUCUACAAGGUGUCGAAAGCAUUCCACAAUGAUGCUGGCCCAUGUGGACUACAAUGCUUCCCACAGUUGUGUCAAGUUGGCUUGAUGUCCUUUGGGUGGUGGAUCAUUCUUGAUACACUCGGGAAACUGUUGAGCGUGAAAAACCCAGCAGCAUUGCUGUUCCUGACACAAACCGGUGCGCCUGGCACCUACUACCAUGCCCAGUUCAAAGGCACUUAAAUAUUUUGUCUUGCUAUUUCACCAGCUGAAUGGCACACAUACACAAUCCAUGUCUCAAGGCAUAGAAAUCCUUCUUUAACCUGUCUCCUCCCAUUCAUCUACACUGAUUGAAGUGGAUUUAACAAGUGACCUCAAUAAGAAUCAACUGCAUUCACCUGGUCAGUCUAUGACAUGGAAAGAGCAGGUGUUCUUAAAGUUUUGUACACUGUGUGUACAGUGGGGGAAAAAAGUAUUUAGUCAGCCACCAAUUGUGCAAGUUCUCCCACUUAAAAAGAUGAGAGGCCUGUAAUUUUCAUCAUAGGUACACGUCAACUAUGACAGACAAAUUGAGGAAAAAAAUUUCUGAAGAUCACAUUGUAGGAUUUUUUAUGGUGGAAAAUAAGUAUUUGGUCACCUACAAACAAGCAAGAUUUCUGGCUCUCACAGACCUGUAACUUCUUCUUUAAGAGGCUCCUCUGUCCUCCACUCGUUACCUGUAUUAAUGGCAUCUGUUUGAACUUGUUAUCAGUAUAAAAGACACCUGUCCACAACCUCAAACAGUCACACUCCAAACUCCACUAUGGCCAAGACCAAAGAGCUGUCAAAGGACACCAGAAACAAAAUUGUAGACCUGCACCAGGCUAGGAAGACUGAAUCUGCAAUAGGUAAGCAGCUUGGUUUGAAGAAAUCAACUGUGGGAGCAAUUAUUUGGAUGAUCCAGAAGAGGAUUGGGAGAAUGUCAUAUGGUCAGAUGAAACCAAAAUAUAACUUUUUGGUAAAAACUCAACUCGUCAGGUUUGGAGGACAAAGAAUGCUGAGUUGCAUCCAAAGAACACCAUACCUACUGUGAAGCAUGGGGGUGGAAACAUCAUGCUUUGGGGCUGUUUUUCUGCAAAGGGACCAGGACGACUGAUCCGUGUAAAGGAAAGAAUGAAUGGGGCCAUGUAUCGUGAGAUUUUGAGUGAAAACCUCCUUCCAUCAGCAAGGGCAUUGAAGAUGAAACGUGGCUGGGUCUUUCAGCAUGACAAUGAUCCCAAACACACCGCCCGGGCAACGAAGGAGUGGCUUCAUAAGAAGCAUUUCAAGGUCCUGGAGUGGCCUAGCCAGUCUCCAGAUCUCAACCCCAUAGAAAAUCUUUGGAGGGAGUUGAAAGUCCGUGUUGCCCAGCGACAGCCCCAAAACAUCACUGCUCUAGAGGAGAUCUGCAUGGAGGAAUGGGCCAAAAUACCAGCAACAGUGUGUGAAAACCUUGUGAAGACUUACAGAAAAUGUUUGACCUGUGUCAUUGCCAACAAAGGGUAUAUAACAAAGUAUUGAGAAACUUUUGUUAUUGACCAAAUACUUAUUUCCCACCAUAAUUUGCAAAUAAAUUCAUUAAAAAUCCUACAAUGUGAUUUUCUUUAAAAAAAAAUAGUUGACGUGUACCUAUGAUGAAAAUUACAGGCCUCUCUCAUCUUUUUAAGUGGGAGAACUUGCACAAUUGGUGGCUGACUAAAUACUUUUUUCCCCCACUGUAUAUCUCUCUCUACAGUUGUGGUCAAACGUUUUCAGAAUGACACAAGUAUUGGUCUUCACAAAGUUUGCUGCUUCAGUGUUUUUAGAUAUUUUUGUCAGAUGUUACUAUGGUAUACUGAAGUAUAAUUACAAGCAUUCCAUAAGUGUCAAAGGCUUUUAUUGACAAUUACAUUAAGUUUAUGCAAAGAGUCAAUAUUUGCAGUGUUGACCCUUAUUUUUCAAGACCUCUGCAAUCCGCCCUGGCAUGCUAUCAAUUAACUUCUGGGCCACAUCCUGACUGAUCACAGCCCAUUCUUGCAUAAUCAAUGCUUGGAGUUUGUCAGAAUUUGUGGGGUUUUGUUUGUCCACCCGCCUCUUGAGGGAUUGAUCACAAGUUCUCAAUGGGAUUAAGGUCUGGGGAGUUUCCUGGCCAUGGACCCACAAAAUUCGAUGUUUUGUUCCCUGAGCCACUUAGUUAUCACUUUUGCCUUAUGGCAAGGUGCUCCAUCAUGCUGGAAAAGGCAUUGUUUGUCACCAAACUGUUCUUGGAUGGUUAGGAGAAGUUGCUCUCGGAGGUGUGUUGGUACCAUUCUUUAUUCAUGGCUGUGUUCUUAGGAAAAAUUUUGAGUGAGCCCACUCCCUUGGCUGAGAAGCAACCCCACACAUGAAUGGUCUCAGGAUGUUUUACUGUUGGCAUGACACAGGACUGAUGGUAGCGCUCACCUUGUCUUCUCCGGACAAGCUUUUUUCCGGAUGCCCCAAACAAUCGGAAAGGGGAUUCAUCAGAGAAAAUGACUUUACCCCAGUCCUCAGCAGUCCAAUCCCUGUACCUUUUGCAGAAUAUCAGUCUGUCCCUGAUGUUUUUCCUGGAGAGAAGUGGCUUCUUUACUGCCCUUCUUGACACCAGGCCAUCCUCCAAAAGUAUUUGCCUCACUGUGCGUGCAGAUGCACUCACACCAGCCUGCUGCCAUUCCUGAGCAAGCUCUGCACUGGUGGUGCCCCGAUUCCGCAGCUGAAUCAACUUUAGGAGACGAUCCUGGCGCUUGCUGGACUUUCUUGGGCGCCCUGAAGCCUUCUUCACAACAAUUGAACCUCUCUCCUUGAAGAUCUUGAUGAUCCGAUAAAUGGUUGAUUUAGGUGCAAUCUUAAUAGCAGCAAUAUCCUUGCCUGUGGAGCCCUUUUUGUGCAAAGCAAUGAUGACGGCACGCGUUUCCUUGCAGGUAACCAUGGUUAACAGAGGAAGAACAAUGAUUUCAAGCACCACCCUCCUUUUAAAGCUUCCAGUCUGUUAUUCUAACUCAAUCAGCAUGACAAAGUGAUCUCCAGCCUUGUCCUCGUCAACACUCUGACCUGUGUUAACGAGAGAAUCACUGACAUGAUGUCAGCUGGUCCUUUUGUGGCAGGGCUGAAAUGCAGUGGAAAUGUUUUUUGGGGAUUAAGUUCAUUUUCAUGGCAAAGAGGGACUUUGCAAUUAAUUGCAAUUCAUCUGAUCACUCUUCAUAACAUUCUGGAGUAUAUGCAAAAUGCCAUCAUAAAAACUGAGGCAGCAGACUUUGUGAAAAUUAAUAUUUGUGUCAUUCUCAAAACUUUUGACCACGACUGUAUAUCCCAGCGUGUUAUCUCUCUCUCUUUCUCUCUCUCAUAUCGUGUUGUAUUAGUGAUUUCUUCAAGGAUAGGAGGGAAGAAGGAUGCAUUUGUAAUGUGCAGUAGUCAAGUAAUGGAUGUGUAUUAUAGGCCCCUAACCUCGUGGGGGAAGAGGAAGAUCUGCCUGACCUCCCGGCACUGGAGUUCAUCGAGGUCAACUCCACAGCCCAGGUAUGACCUUUGACCCCUCCCCCCCUCCGUACACCAUCUUAUAAGAACAUUGUUCUAGCAUAGCCGAAUAAGGAAGCAAGACUUUUUUUUCUUCUGUUUUUUCCUGGUUCAAUGAACUAAGUAGGCCAGACCCAGAUGCUAUCGCAUUGAUGUCUAUUGGAGACACACCCAUUUUUCUCAAUGGUAAAUGGCCUGAGUGACCUAUCUUCAUUUAUCCGCCGUCUUUGGUUCUAGAACAUGGUGACGUUAUAAGACCAUGUUAUAAUGUGUGUAAUUAGACUGGUCCUAUAUAUGUGUGCUGUCUCUCCAACUCCUAUGGUCAAUCGUGAUAAGACCGCACAAACAGACCUGGAACGAGGCUAAUGUAGAAUGUAACUGGGAUUAAAAAAGGAAUGAUCUAAUGUUGCAUGUUUGUGUUUCUCCAGGUGGGCCUGAAGGCCAACCCGUUUGCUGCUCUGCAGAGUAAGGACCCGCUGCUGCUGUGCUGUAGUGACUGGGACCAGGGCUGGACACCCAACGCCCCUGCCCCAGAGGUGGUACAGCCCAAGGCAGACCUGAUUAACCAUGGAGACACAGCUAAUGUAAGGACAGAGGCCAGACUUUUGGCCACAGAAAAUACUGCAUUCUUUUUUUUGGUUGUCGACUGAAAAGAAAAUGACUGAACAGUCCCAACUAGACUGUAUGAUAUUCUACCUGAGGUCCAGUUGUUUGCGUCGUUAUUUGGCAAUGUGCGUAACGCCACUAAGCAGCUGGUAAGAACUAAUUUCAUUGGAAAGCAAUUGCAGUCUGCAGUCUGACCUCCUGUUGUCAUGUUUGUUACGCAUUAGAUCUCUCCCCGGACGCACUGCGGUCAGACUGCAGACUUCAUUGUUUGUUAAUUGGAAGAAGAUGAGAACAAUUCCUCUCCCCCGAUGUUCUCAUUUCUGAACUCAUUAACCAAAAGACUCCAUGCUGGGGGGAAAAAGCCUGUUUGUGCCAAUUUCCUGGGAGAGGAACAAAAUAAAACAACACAAAUUAGGAACUUUGAGAUUGGGUUUUAUUUCCAUUGAUUUGGAUUUUGUUUUCACAUUCUUCUAAAUUAAGUCUUUAUUAAUGCUGCAUGCUGUGUGAUUGCAUUGCUGGUGCCUAAAAUAUGGAUUUGAUUUAGCCAGUUGUGUUCCUAUGAUUUGGUGCUUUUCGAAGUCCCAGUCAAUGCAUGAAUUAACCUCCUUACCCUUUCUCUCCCCCAGAUGCUUCAGCCCCCCCCUCCUUCACCUAGUGCCGGUGCCAGUGAGCUGAAGCAGCCAUGGCAUGUAAAUGAUGGAGGGGCUGUGCCCCCAGUAUCCCUCAUGCCCGCUGUGCCCCCCCACAGCCCUCCACUCUGAAAACCCUGAGCCUCCAGACCCCCGGACUGAUGCAGACCCAGAGUGCUCCAUACGGUACGGUUAACAAUCUCACACAUACACACACAGUAAACAAACCAUUACACACACACACACACACACACACACACACACACACAAUGCAGUAAACAUUUUAUGCACACACACACACACACACACACACACAGGGGUUAGCCGGAGCGCUGAUGAUGCUAGAGAAACGCAAUGUAAUUCCACACUAGUGGAUGGCCCUGCACAGAGAAACUGACACUGAUCCAAUUAGACCUGUUACCAUAGCUAUUUGCCCAAAUUGUGUUACCUAAUUGCAUAAUGAUAUUGAUACACUGUUACAGUGCAGUGGUUUUGGUUAAGCUGUGAACAAAAGACCUGAACAGGCCAUGGAAAUACAACAAGCAGGCUGA